AUGCUUCACCUUUCAUAUCUGGCCCUUGUGGGCAGCGCUCUCAUGACCACAACGCUUGCCCACAGCACAGAACGCAAUUCCCACUGGAAGACGUUGAACAAUCCAGUUGUCCACGACGUUAACUCGACAACCUUCACUAUCACCACCCCUCCAGCAACAGAUAUCUGGCGACCCAAUGUCACGGCCGACAGCUUUACAGCACCCUACGUAUACAAAGUCUGCAAGACUGCUGACUUCCAACGCAUCUCGGUGACCAUAGAUGCCUAUUGGAAGACGCAGUACGAUCAAGGUGGAAUCGCAGUUGUCCUUCCUUCCAGUUCGAAGCACCAUGGCUCUCACAAGAACGGUCGAGAAUCAAACAAGUGGAUCAAAACCGGCAUUGAAUACUACCUUGGAGCGCCGCAGUUCGGCACUGUAGCGACAUAUGCUUUCUCAGACUGGAGUCUGAGUCCUGUCAGACCGGAAGGUAGCACGGCUGGUAGCUUUCUGCUAGAGAGGAACACAAAUGAGGCGUGGGUAUACACCAAGACAGAAGAGGGACAGUACCCGCUAAGAAAAGUGACUUGGGCGUUCUUGGAGGGAAGAAGUGACGAGGACGCGGAGGUGUGGGUGGGAGUCUAUGCUGCAAAGCCGACGUAUACAGAGGGCGAUUUGAACGAGGGGCUGGAGGUGACGUUUAGGGAUCUAGUGGUUGAGUGCUAG